AUGAAAAUCAAUACUGUCAUAUAUAUUUCAACACCAGUAAUUAUCUACGAAUUUAAGAAAAAGGAAUAUUACGGAUAUACGGAUCCUUCAAAGAAUAGAGGACCAAAAAAUAGAACAAAUACAGGUUUCGUAAUUAAAGCAUAUGUUUUAAGAAUUACUGAGAGGAAAUAUCCGAGUACAAGGGAUUUGUUGUAUUUUCCAGGAUGCUUGGCACUUCUAUCUGAGUUUGAUAACCGCAUCGUAGAUAAUGUGUUGCAUGUAUGGCAGCAGAGAGCACAUGGGGAUAAUGUGAACACUAGAAGGCCGAAUUGGUUUGAUUCAUUUCUGUAUCGUGAAAAAAGUAAUGAGUCCAGACUAUAUUGCAUUAAGGUUUAUCCAAUCAUCUAUUUAAAUGAUAACUUCUUGCUUGGUCUUUAA